AUGAGGAUCCUCGAUCCCCAAACUGCGGUUCUCACCAAUAUCGAGGUGCUGGCCUACCUUACCUCCAACCCACCCCACCGCCCUCCGAGUCGGCCACCCAAUGCGCGACAAUGGGUACCAAGCCCAGAUUUGAGGGACCAUAACACAGUCGUCAAGGAGAUCCACAACUAUGUCGCGCGCAUCUCUCCCCAUCUCCUCAAAUACCCGCGGUACACAGCCCGGCCCACCUCCUCCCAGUCCCAAAGCCAGGCAGCCAUGACCCGGACCAUGAGGCCAAAUGCCACAACCGAAGUCGACCCCUCUACCCUCCCACCGCCAGUCCAAUCCACAGAGUCAACACCUAUGGAUCACGCGCUCCGCGAGCUCAUUUCCAGACUCCAGCCCUACGGCCUGACAAAAGCUGAGGUUGUCACGAUUCUGAAUUUGGGAAUCGGUCUCUCUGGAGGCGAAUCGGAUGGCCCGGCAGGAGAGGUGGGUGGGGAUGGGGAGAUGGAGGUGGAUGAGGCGCCGGCUGUGAACGGGGAAGGCGAGGCGGAUGGGGAGGGUGAAGGGGGCGAAGAUGACGGCGCUGACUACGGCGUGCUGGCGCUGUUCGACUCCGUCAUUGAGGAGCGCGAGGACCGCAUGUCAGAUGAGGACCUCGUUGCUAUCUUAGGGAUAAUUCGGGAGACAUUGUCGGAGAAUUAUGGGAGUUGA